CAACAACGGCGCUAGUCAUUACCAGAUAUCAACUUCACGUUUAGUGCAGAAGCUAAUUCAUUCUUCAAUUCCCUUUCUACAUCUCUAAACAUCUCAUUGUCGUAAUUGCGUCAGCUAUGUGUAUUCUGCGUUACAGGGGAUUCCCCAGUCACGUGCUGUAGUUUACUCAUGUUCCCGAUCACGUGACUAUGUUAUGUAAUUUGCCAUAUUGUUGUUCUGCGUGUUGGUUAUGGAUAGGAAGACGAGACGAGUACGUAUCGAGCAAACGGUACUAUGACUCUUGUCAGAAGUCAGUCUGAAGGAAUUACAUUGUUGGUGGAUACCGGAAGUCCUUGGGAUCGACAAUUUCUCAUACAAAAAUUACAAGAGCACGAGCUGCAGCCUCAAGAUGUGACACAUGUUGUUUGCACUCACGGCCACGUUGAUCACGUGGGAAACUUCAACUUAUUCACCAUGGCAACGCACGUGGUGUCACACGACAUGGUGAAAGAUGGAGACAAAUACACACUGCAUGAGCUACGACAUGAUAAUCCAUUCCAAAUAUCAAAAAGCAUCUCAGUUAUUGCCACGGCUGGUCAGACGAGUCGGGACGUGAGUGUGGUGGUACGAGGGAGCGACAAAGGUGUGGUGGUCAUUGCGGGCGACUCGUUUGAAUGCGAAGCUCAUCUGCACGACGACAAGUUGUGCAAGAGUAAGAGCGACUUCCAUCGACUGCAUGCGACUCGUCGAGACAAAGUGUUGGCUAUUGCUGACUGGAUUGUUCCAGGACAUGGAAAAAUGUUUAAAGUCAAUCAACGGAGAUAGACCAAAAGGUUGCUCACGUUCAUCAUCUACGACGACACAGAGGAGAUACAGACUUUUGACAUUUUUGGUACUAGAGUCUAGAUGCAGUUGAUAUCAACUAAGUCAUGGUUGAUGGUAGACUUGGUCGUUUGUGUGUACACUAGCUGUUGCUGUAAACGAUUUUUGUAUGUUGUACAUUACAAUUAAAACAAAUGUAGCAAAAUUUGAGACACAAUGACUACAACUAUACAUGUACUACACAUGUUGCUACAGUAUAUUAUCCUUAAUUAAUUAAAUUAAAUUUUAAUAUUAAAUAUUUGUACCAUAUUUACA